AUGUCUUCCUUGAGCAGCAAAUUCUCCGUGGCUAAGACAGGCGUCUUCUGGGACCUGGAUGGUUGCCCAAUCCCUGCUGGUCUCGGUCCUGUUGCCAUCUCUGCUAAUAUCAAAUUAGCUCUGGAGAAUAUGGGUUAUACUGGCAACAUAUCCAUCUCUGCUUAUUCUGCUGAGCAGCAGAGCCAACAAGUAGAGUCUGAGUUUGAAUCCGCCCAUAUCAAGCUUCAACAUCGAGGAACUCGCCAAGAAACAGACAACUUGAUGUAUUUGGACGUUAUGUUUUGGGGAGUAGACCAUAAAAGUGAAGCAACAAAUGUCAUGUUAAUCUCGAAACAUCUCUACAGAAAUGCAGACUUCGUUUCGGGGCUGGUCCAAUUAAAAGAGAAGGAGAACAACAUUCUCUUGGUGCACCUAUACAAUCCAGGAGGCCUGCCCCUGCGUGAUACUGCAACUUCAACAUGGGUUUGGAAAAGCCUUGCAACUGGAGGGACCCCUCUCGUUGGCCACUGCACGAGACCCCAACCACCCACGCCCUCUCCACCUUCCCCUUGUUCUGUUCGCACCACAACUACAAGGGCUCUUCGUCUUGCCAAUAAGCCCAAGAAACGUCUCCCCAAACUUCGUCUCAAACGGCGCAAGACCAGCAGAGCCAUUCCUGCUCCCGAGGACUAG